GUUGAGCAGAUGCUUUACUCUUUUGUUGUUCCCAGUAAAGCAAAAAAAACCAAUAAUGAAAUCAUUGAUUGUAAUCUACAAAAUCUACUAUGGAUCCAUGAAUCAUUCCUCCUGUUCACCUCUAAAACAUAGGUUUCAUCAAUCACCACACAAAACAUACAUACAUACAUGGAUCCUGCAACUAAAUCAAAUGACAAAAAACCAACACAACCAAUACCAGUCCCAUUGUCUCCAUUAACAGAAUGGCCAGAGUUUGUUAACACUAGCCGUUAUUGUCAACAACAACCCGAGGUUAAACGAAGAGGGCGUAGUAGGCGAAUGCUGUUCGGGCUAGGAAAAACAACCAGAUGUAAUGAUUCUGAUGAUGAUGGUGGUAAUGGGGUUAGUGAAAAGUGGAGGAAUGUUAAUGAUAGGAGAGUGUUGUUACUUGGAGUCUUGGGGUGUCCUCUUGCACCUGUUUCGGUUGAGCAUAGUUGCGCGAGUGGUGAUUUUCGCUACAAUGUUAAAGACAUCCCGUUUGAGAGGUCUACUGCACAAUACAUAAUACAACAGUACUUAGCAGCAACAGGAUGCUUAAAAAUGAUGUCCACCGGCGCACAUCACCAGCAGCAGCAGCAGCAGCAAUCGGGUUAUUACAAAAACAUGUACACAUCAGGGACCGUGAAAAUGAAGUGUUGUGAAACCGAGAUUUCAUCAAUACAAGGACAGCGUGUCACUAACAGUGGUGGUCGGUCACAGGAAACAGACAACGUUAACGGCUGUUUUGUUCUAUGGCAAAUGGUGCCUGGAAUGUGGUCUCUUGAACUUGUACUUUCUUCUGGCAAUAAGGUCUUGGCUGGCAGUGAUGGAGAUACUGUCUGGAGUCACACUCCUUCGCUCGGGAAGCAGAUCGCUAAAGGUCCAAAACGCCCCUUACGACGUCUUAUUCAGGGAUUAGAUCCAAAGAGCACUGCAAUGUUAUUUGCGAAGGCGGAACGCUUAGGGGACAAGAAAAUAGGCGACGAGGAAUGUUUCGUGUUGAAAGUUUGUGCAUCGACAGAGGAUUUGAUUGCACGAGACUAUGGACCGGGCCCUAUCCUGGUUGAGGUGCUAAGACAUGUACUUUAUGGUUACUUUAGCCAGAAAAGUGGACUUCUUGUAUACAUGGAGGACUCUCAACUCACUCGAGCCAUAGUCGGAAAUGAUCAUAUUAACGAUGCUAAUGUCUUUUCCGACGAUCAAAAGAUCGAAGAAGUAAUGUAUUGGGAAACGAGCAUUGGUAGUAGUAUUGGUGAUUAUAAGGCGGUAGAGGGUUUGAUGGUGGCUCACCAAGGGCGAUCUGUAGCCACUGUGUUCGGGUUUCCUGACUUAUGCAUACAAGACGAACAACCGUAUAUGUAUAGGACUCGGUUUGAAGAAGUGUGGAACAUUGAUGAUAUCGCCUUCAACAUCCAUGGUCUAUCGUCGCAUUCGUUUCUCCCUCCUUCGCAGUGAGAUUUCGUGAGUCGGGUUUGAUGUAUAUCGUAUGAAACGCGGGAUUCAUAACGACGUGACUUUGACUUAUAUAGGAAAAUAUUAUAAUUUUCAUUCGGGUUAUGUUCAAUGAAAUGUUAUUGUAUGUACCGGAUGAAUUAAGGGUUGUAAACGAACGCAAGCAAGCCUUGUUUGCGUUCGUUCGUUAAGGAAUAAACAUGUUCAUGGACAAUUCA